GACAGCAGAUUUAAGCGCGGUGAUUGGCUGAGGAACAGCAGAGUUAGGCUCAAUCCCUGUAGUCAUACAGCGCGAAACAAAGUAUCGCAAUUGUUUAAUAGUUUACCUGUAGAUACCGUCCGAUUGGAAUUCAUCUGUUUGAUGCGCAGGUGAAGGUUCGUUUGUAAAGCACGUGAAAGAGAGGAGCGACUGCUCUCUGGAGGAGGCUGAAGAGCCUGAAAGAGGGAUUACUCGAAAAAGCAAGCUUUACAUUAUACCCACAUGGCCGAGCCCAAUUUUCCCCCACUGCCUGGAUUCAUUCCUCUCAAGCCAUGUUUCUACCAAGACUUUGAAGAGAUCCCUGAACAGCACCGCAGCAUGUGCAAGAAAAUGUACCACCUGUGGAUGUUUAAUAGUGCCACACUUGUUGUGAAUCUUAUUGGCUGCUUUGCUUGGAUGUUUGGUGGAGGUGGUGUGACCAAUUUUGGCAUGGCCAUCAUCUGGGUCCUCAUGUUCACGCCUUGCUCUUAUGUCUGUUGGUUCAGGCCCAUCUACAAGGCCUUCAAGACUGACAGCUCUUUCAACUUCAUGAUCUUCUUCUUUGUGUUCAUGGCUCAAGUUGGCAUCAGUAUCAUCCAAAGCAUAGGCAUCCCAGGAUGGGGAGUAUGUGGUUGGCUGGCUACUAUCUCCUUCUUCAGCUAUAAUAUUUUGAUUGCACUGAUCAUGCUGGUCCCUACAAUCAUGUUCACUGCUGUGGCCUCUCUGUCCUUCAUUGCGCUCACCAGGAUCCAUAAUUUCUACCGGGGCAGUGGGGCUAGCAUGUCCAAAGCUCAGGAAGAAUGGGCCACUGGAGCCUGGAAGAACCCUCAUGUCCAGGCAGCAGCCCAGCAGGCUGCCAUGGGGGCUGCAGCUGGAGCAAUGCAGGAUCAGUACUCCACCCCACAAUACAGUGAAAACCAGAUGUAGAAUUUUCAAGACAGAAGGUCAAGGACAUGAUAUCACAGCAAUGCCAAAGCUUGAACAACAGGGGCUGUGAAGAUCUUAAUCAUCUCCGGUGAUAGAGUUGAUUCUUAAAAAGCAACUCUUUCUUACUCUAUGCAAACAAAUAGCUCUUGACAUAUAUGGGAAGCUGGAUUUUGCCUUCCUGUUCUAAAGGACACACUAAUCACUUGUAGUCUUUUACAGGUGUUUCAUAUGUGUUUUUACUCUUUAAAUGAAAGUAGCUUUGAAGAUUUAUCAGUGUAGUGGCUCCAUUCUAUGAGCUGGGUACUAACGUGUGAAUCUGCAGUUUUUUUGUAGCAGUCUUUACAAAAGAGAUCAAAAAGUUGUGACUACCUUUAAAGUAUUUGAAUGAACAUAUUGUUUCCCCCAGUGUACUGUUAGAAUGAUGACUGUGUUGCUUUAGUUUUUUUAAAACUAAAUUUAAACUCAAAGAACCAAAGAUCGAGUGUCCUUUUGCAACUUUAUUUGAGAUGAUGGUACUUUGUAUAACCUCACUAAAAUUUCAUCAUAAUUCUAUGCAGUUUAUCAACAGUUGCACUGUAAAAUCAAAGGAUGCUGCAAUAUUGAAAGGUCUGUAUGUAUUACAGCAAGAAACAGUAUUAUUGCAAGCCUUCAGGUAGAAAUAUAUUUGGAGCUCACUCUUUGAUGUUCUUGAUGCUUCCUGUUGACAUGCCUAUUUUACACUAAAAACAUCAGAUUUACAUCAUAGGUUUUAAUGAGUUUUUAUGGUUGUGUUACUUUUAGAAAAAUAAAAGGCAAGUCAAAUAUCUGGCAUGUGUUCUGUAGCCAGGUUCAGAUUGUUUAGAAAUGCCACUGUUUUGUACUGAAUGUCAAUUUAGGAUGUGCCCGUUUGUAAGAUGUAAAUGUUGCGUUUACUAGAGAAUGAGCCCUCUUGCUGUUUGGCGGUUUGGCCACAGGGGGGCGCUGAUGGUUUUAGCAUGAAAUAAAAAGCUCCAACAUGUA